GUUGAAUACUCGGCUACUAAAAUAGAAUGUAAACGUGGCUAGCUUCUCUUUUCACGUAUGCGUUCGAAUUUUUAUCUGAUAUUAACUGUCAAGAAUAAUUCAAUUCUGAUCGCAUUUUGUAUUAAAAGAUGUUGUAUAAGAUAAAAUAUAAAAUAUGAUAAAAGAAAAGCCAAGGAAAAAUCAAUGAUUUACGAGGAUUACACUUACAUUAAUAAUAAUAAUGAGUAAGUUGCAACAAUUUAAUGGACAAACACUAAAAUAUGUCAGUUUAGUUACACUGACUCUUCAAAAUGCAUUGGUUGGACUUAGUAUGCGUUAUGCGCGGACUAGAUCUGGAGAUCUCUUCUUAUCAUCCACAGCCGUUGUUAUGUCAGAGUUUUUAAAACUGUUGACAUGCUUGGUUUUGGUUUAUAUUGAAGAAGGUGAAUUAUUCAAAUUUUAUAAUGCCUUGAAACAAACCAUUAUAAAAGAACCUGUAGAUACUUUAAAAGUAUGCGUACCAUCAAUUUUAUAUAUCAUACAAAAUAAUUUACUUUAUGUGUCGGCAUCAAAUUUAGAUGCAGCAACAUAUCAGGUGACUUAUCAACUCAAGAUUCUUACAACAGCUUUUUUUGCUGUAGUAAUUCUUCGAAGAUCAUUGAGAAAGUCUCAAUGGAGCGCGUUAAUACUUUUAGUUAUAGGAGUAGUAUUAGUACAAUUAGCACAAAGUGGAACAGUUACAUUACCAUCAGGUAUACAACAAAAUCACUUACUUGGCUUCACAGCAGCCUUAAGUGCAUGCUUUUUAUCAGGUUUUGCAGGCAUAUAUUUUGAAAAAAUUCUUAAAGGAUCUGACAUUUCUGUCUGGAUGAGAAAUGUUCAAUUGAGUUUAUUAUCCUUACCCUUUGGGUUAGCUACCUGUUUUUUAAAUGAUGGUGAUGUUAUUAGAAAACAAGGCUUUUUUUUUGGUUAUGACUCAUUCAUUUACUACUUAGUAGUACUUCAAGCAGGCGGUGGACUCAUUGUUGCUUUGGUAGUAAAGUAUGCAGAUAAUAUACUUAAGGGAUUUGCCACUUCUUUGGCUAUCAUAAUUUCAUGCAUAGCUUCUAUUUAUUUAUUUGAUUUUCAUUUAACAUUUCAAUUUUCUUUUGGUGCACUUUUAGUAAUUUGUUCAAUAUUUUUAUAUAGUUAUCAACCUAAAACAACUAUUGAUAAACAUUCUUCUAUAGAGAAAUCUGAUGUAUGAUAUAAUUGUCAUUUUUUUUACUUAAAAAGAAAGUUCAUAUUUAUGUGAAUAUUUUAUGUGAAUAAUCAUUGCUGUAAACAUGAAUUAUGUAAACAUAUUCAAAUUAUUUUUUUGCAAUAUAAAUAAUCAAAUCAAAUAUAUCAAAGAUUUUAUGACUUCGGCAAAGAUUAACAAAUUAUGAGAUUUUAAUAAAAUUAGUUAAUUUUCGUAAUUGGUAUAUUUUUAUAGAAAAAUAUAAUAAAUAUAUAAGAACAUAAAAAAGUAAAAUCCAACUUAUACUACAUAGUAUAUUAUUACAAAUCUUAUAUAAAUCUUAUAUAUAUGCCUAAGUGUAAUAAAUAGACUUGAUUAAAUUAUAAAGAUGAUAAAUCCUUAUGAAUUAUGGUCAUGGCCUUGAGUUUUUGACAUCAUCUAUCAUUGCCCAAAAUGUAAACUAUUUUUCUGUAUUAAGAAUCGAGCGAAUCGUAUUUAGAAAAUCUUUGUAAUGCAGAAUACAAGUUCAUCUUUAAAAAUCAUGUUCUAUUUUUAAGAUAAUUAAAUCGAAAAGUCAAAUUUUUUAUACAUGGUACUUUUUAUAUGUAAUCUCAUUUUAUGCGGUUAGAAAAAAAUGUUAUAUUUAUAGAAAUUAUUUUAUAUCGAUAAGUAAGAAAUUCUUACUUAAUAGUAAUACAUUUUAAACCAAUUAAAAAAAAAAAAAAAAUAGUUGGAGAAUUGAUAAUUGUAUUUCUAUUAAAUUUUUUGUGUUCAUAGUAAUGAAAAAUAAAAAUUUUUACAACAUA